GAGGGAGGUAGGAUGUCAAGACUUCUCUUGAAGCGCAUCCGACAUUUCUUGUGAGGGGAGAGGAGGCACAAGAUCUUCGUCAGUGGUGAGGAGAAGUGUUUGGGUGCUGCAGACCCCUCCUCUCCUCUGUUUGGGUCAAGCACCACAAAAUGAAGAGCCAAAUCACCAACGCUCUUUCUGACUUCUUCUUCGAGUACGAGACCCCACGGCAGGUGCUGGUGAGGAAUAGGAGAGUAGGGGUGGUGUGUCGUCUCAUCCAGCUGGGGGUCUUGGCUUACAUCAUCGGGUGGGUGUUCAUCUACGAGAAAGGCUACCAGUCCACAGACACGGCCGUCAGCUCCGUCUUCACCAAAAUGAAAGGAGUGGGCUACACCAACGUGAGCGGGGUGGAGAAACUCUGGGAUGUUGCCGAAUAUGUCUUCCCACCGCAGGGAGAUUCCUCAUUUGUGGUGAUGACUAACUACAUCAUAACUGAAGGACAAAAGAUGGGAACGUGCCCUGAGCUCCCAGGGAAGAGCAACUGUAGCUCAGACGCCGACUGCAAAAAAGGGAGUUUCAAACGUACGGGACACGGUCGUACGACUGGCGUGUGUGAUAACACCACAAAGACUUGUGAAGUUCUGGCUUGGUGCCCUGUUGAGAAUGAUCACAACAUACCAGACCCUCCCUUGUUGAUGUCUGCGGAGAACUUCACACUGUUCAUCAAGAACACUGUAACAUUCCCCAUUUUUGGUGUGACAAGGAGUAACCUAGUAGAGGGUAUUGAUGGGACAUAUAUCAGCAAAUGUCUCUACCACAAAACGGACUCACCACUGUGUCCCAUAUUAAGACUGGGAGACAUAGUCAAGGAAUCUGGCUUUCAAUUCCAAAACAUUGCCAAAGUGGGAGGGGCCAUUGGCAUUGUGAUUGACUGGACGUGCAACUUUGAUGUGGAUGUCAAACACUGUCGACCUGUAUACAGCUUCCACGGACUAUAUGGAAACCCUGAAGAGAAAGACGUGGCCAAAGCAUCAGUUGGCUACAACUUUAGGUAUGCAAAACAUUAUAUGGAGGGCAAGGAACAAACAAGAACCCUAUUAAAGGUUUUUGGAAUUAGGUUAGAUAUCAUUGUGCAAUCAAUGGGCAGAAAAUUUGAUAUCAUCCCAACGUUGACAGCAAUUGGCUCCGGGGUGGGCAUCUUUGGAGUGGCUACUAUCGUCUGUGACUUGGUGUUGCUGUAUUUGCUCCCCAAAAGAGAAUUUUAUAAGAACAUGAAAUUCAAGUACACAGACACACAUGAACAGGACCAAGAUUCAGAAGCAGGCAGUACAGAGACAGAUGAAUCCAAAGGACAGCGGCAACAUAAAGGAACGUGAACAAGGCGUAAAUUUUACAAGUGGCUGCGAUGCAUUAUGCAAUGCAGCGGAACCUGCAAAAAGAAGUCUACACGCCUGAAUGGACUGAAAAGGACACUUCCUCAUCUACCUGACUGAGCAUCAUCAGCUGGCGAGGAAAAAUCAUCCCUGCGUGACCCUCAUAAAAUUCCCAUAUACAUUGAUACCAGAAUGGCACUUGGCAAUAAAGCAAAACCUUUGGAA